AUAGGAAGGGAGGGCAAACUGGUCCACACACUAAUAAGAACCCAAUGGCUGGGGCACCGCGGACAGGAGCGCUUCAACGAGACACGAGAGACAAGUAGACGGACAAAACCUCUCGAGGUGCAUUGCUGAAGGCAGACAUGGGAUGAGGUUCAAAGAACGCCACUGAGAAUUCGCAGGGCAGAUAUUUCACAGAUAAGCAAAAGUGAGGUGCGAGUCAGGUUUGCGCAUCGCUACUGAAGUGCCCGGGGACUGGAGAGAGAGGCAGUGGGUAGGGUGACUGGACGCAUGAAACACCUGCUUGGUAACAGGUAGCCUACCUCCAACAACGGAUAAGGAUGAGAUCUAUUUAUUUUUCAUGAAUUGUGAACAGAAUAAAAGGAUGAACAUUCUGGAAAGGAAAAUAGUUUAAAUGUCAAAUUAUUAGGAGAAGCAAUUAACAAAAGCUACACCAGAAAGAUAAAAAAAAAUAUUUAAAAAAUACAGUAGUGAGUAGAGAAUGUAUUAACUAUGAAGUUAAUUUAAAGCAUCAACAUGGGUUUUACAGAAGAAAUUAGUUUAUAUACUUUCGGUGUGGAUUCUGAUCCAUAAUGGCCAAACUUUCUCUAUAGAAACGUUAUAACUCCACUACAUCCCAUGAUCUAGAAUGGACCACCACCAAGAUUUGACCACCAUCAUUCAAAUGCUAUCAGGUGCCUGAAGCGGGGCUUGCUCAGCUGGCACGGUAGGUCAGUGAUACUAGGGACCCAGACCCAGAACUCUCCCCAAUGAAGGUGUCCUCCUGGUGGGUAAGCCUGGCAUGGCUUGGCCUGCUCGCCAUCUUCACAUGGAGCUCCAUGGUCCAGGGGUGCGGGCCAGGCCCUGGGUACGGCUUCCGCCAUAGGUCCAGGAAACUCACCCCCAUGCCUUACAAGACCUACUUCCCCAAACUUUCUGAGAACAACCUGGGUGCCAGUGGGAGGUCAGAGGGCAAGAUCACACGCAACUCAGAACGCUUUAAUGAACUGGUGUGUAACUACAACCCUGAUAUCAUCUUCAAAGAUGAGGAGAAAACCCUUGCUGACCGCUUCAUGACCAAGCGCUGUAAGGACUGCCUCAACAAGCUGGCCAUAGCGGUGAUGAACCACUGGCCUGGGACAAAGCUGAGGGUGACAGAGGCCUGGGAUGAGGAUGGCCAUCACCCCCCUGACUCUCUUCACUAUGAGGGGAGGGCCGUGGACAUCACAACGUCGGACCGCGUCCUAGACAAGUACGGCAUGCUAGCCCAGCUGGCUGUGGAGGCUGGUUUCGACUUUGUGUACUAUGAGUCCAAGCACCAUGUGCACUGCUCUGUCAAAGCUGAUCACUCUGUGGCAGUGGAGAAAGGGGGCUGUUUCCCCGCCUGGGCCCGGGUGAGUGUAGCCGGAGGCGGACAGAAGACCCUGGCGUCCCUGGAGCCUGGAGACAGAGUGUUGGCCCUGUCUGAGUCAGGACACGUCGUCCUCAGCAGUGUCCUUCUAUUGCUACACCAGGACCAUGAGAGCAGGUCCACUUUCCUCGUCCUGGCCACACAAGAUGGCCACCGCCUUGCCCUCACUCCCCACCACCUGGUCUUCCUGGCCCCCCAUUACAAACUCCACCACAGUGAGUACCAGGCUCGGUUCGCCAGUAGAGCCAAACGGGGAGACUAUGUACUCGUCCAUGGAGCAGACGGUCGACUACAACCAUCUCGGGUCGUUUCGGUAUCACAGGAGGAAGGGGUGGGAGUUUACGCACCCCUGACUGAACACGGCACUCUGUUUGUGGAUGGGGUGCUGGCAUCCAGCUAUGCACUUCUAGAGGACCAUAGACUGGCACACUGGGCGUUUGGGCCUCUGAGACUGCUGCUCUCGGUCAUCCAGCUAGUUCGGGGGGAGGGCACACAGGGGGCGCGGGUCACAGAAGCAGAGAGAGGGCACACAGAGACGCCGCCCAGUCACUGCAACACUCACCAGAAUAGCCUGAGAGUUUGGGGGAAUCAGAACCUCAGCAGCCCAGGCGUGUAUGUGAAUACAAACACUUUCGACAGACAGAGUCAUUGGACCUCUGUACCCAGAAACAGAGACAUUGAGGGAGGGAACUGUGACUCCGUGCCAGAUAAAGUUCUGAGUGUGCACUGGUAUGCUAGGCUGCUACACCGGCUUGGACAGAUCUGUCUAGACCCGGAGACAUUUCAUCCCUAAUAUAAAAACACACUGUAGUUACAUUUACACCGUGUCCUACCGAGAUACAUUUCCACUAUAACGCUCAUAUUCUUUUGCCUCGUCUCUUACUGCUGCAACCUCAUUUUAAACCUUAUGCACUGAAAGGGCGUAUUUGCAUCUUACUCACUGGUAUUUGCAUCGUAAUGUAUUUAUAUAUUCACAUUGUACCUCCGCUUUUACAUUCAUUAAAUGUGUUAACGGUUGUCUGGUUAUGGUGAAUGAAGAAUCGUCCCGUCUUCAAAAGGUAAUGCUUAAAAUGUGUCAUAAAAUGCUUUUACACAAGUUAAUUCCUGAGAGAAAUGAACUCGCCAUAAUAACUACUGCAUCAGCAUAAAACGUUUGUGUGCUGUCAAGAACCCAUUGUAUAUGUAUCUAAUUGAGAUAACAUCUAUAAGUCAACAGACAAUGUGGUUUUCCUAUAUACUUUAUUAUUCUAAAACAAUGAGGAAAUAUGAGUAUGUACCAGAAACAAUAAAAUAUUUAUUUUUUGUACUUUCUGAAUCAUAAUAUAUAAAUGUAGCAAUUUAUAAAACACAACAUGUAAAUGUGUUGGUCCCAUGUUUCAUGAGCUAAAAUAAAAGAUCCAAGAAAUGUC